CAAGAUGGCCGAAUGUUCAAACAGUGGUCAUGAAAUGGAUAUUGUUAAAUGUGGAAUCUGUCUUUCGGACUUUGCUAAGCCUAUUCUUUUGCGUUGCUUUCAUAUAUUUUGUACUCCGUGUGUUUCAAAACUGACUGAAGGUAAGCAAACAUUGAUUUGUCCGUUAUGUAGAGCGGUACAAGAACUUCCACACAAGGGUGUUGAUGGAUUAAGUCUUUAUCCGUACGUUCAAAUGGCAGGUUCACAAGACAAUGUAACAGUACAAUGUCAAAUGUGUGACAAUGACAAGAUCGCUGUUUCUAAUUGUAUCGAUUGCAAAAGUAAGAUGUGUUUUGAGUGUUCUGCAUAUCAUCUUAAGCACAAAUUAUUUAAGACAAACAAAACAGAAAAAAUAGAAAGUGAACAUACUGAAAUUAAAUCACCAGAGGCAAAAAAUCUUGACGAUUUCUCGUGUGAAGCUCACAAUGAGCAAUUUUCUCUCUACUGCGAACCUUGCAAUCAAGCAAUUUGCCAGGAAUGUGCUACACAGAAUCACAAACUUCACAAAAGUGAGCCAAUAAUGUUUCAAGCCCAGAGAAGGAGAGACCUUUUGCGAUCAGCUAUUGGCGCGAUAAAAUCGAAGAUCGCUGGACUAGAUCAAGAAAGAGAAAUAUCGAAAUUCGCAGAAAAAAAUCAUUAUAAACUAUGUAAACAAUGGAAAGACGAAAUAAGAACACACGCAAACAGAUCAAAAGAAACUCUGUGCAAAAUAGUUGAUCUUUUAGCAGAUGUAAAUUUGAAAAAAAUUGAUGAAAUGCAGAAGGAAGAUAUAAAAUCGAUUAAUAAUUUUCAAGAUGAACUUGAAACAAAGAAACUGUCUUUACUUUGCUUGUUAAGAAGCACUAAAGACAUUGUAAAAUGCAGUUCAGAUGGAAAAUUGCUUAAUGAUUACACAUUUCUUUACCAGACAUUAUGCAAUGCUGUCACGAAAGACAAUCAGUUAAUGGUAUUUUCACCACAGUUUUGCUUCGGGAAUCAACUCGAACACAAAUAUAUUGAAAACUGUUUUGGCUUGGUUAUGAGAGGAGAAAAACCUAACAUGAUAGGUGCAUCGGAGUCUCACAUUUAUUCGCUACCAAUUAUUUGUGCCGUAAAUGAGUUCAAGAAAAUGCACUCAUUUAAUAUCAACUACUUCCAAAAUUUUUACGGUGCCUGUGAAGAUAAGACAUGGAUACUGCAAAACUACGAAGAAUGUAUAAAGCUUUAUUCCGCUAAUGGUGUCGAUCUAAGAUAUACAGUUCCAAAAAAUGAUGCUGAGCAAAUAUUACGAGCGACACAAAACGAACUUUGGAUAAAGUCAGGUGGGCAUAUAAAAAAAAUAACCGUUGAAACUGCAAGCACAACUGAAGAGAUAGUACACAUGCCCGAGUUCGCAAAUGCUACUUGUUCUGUACUUGAUGAUAACCGCAUUAUCGCGUACUCUGUUCAAGGUAAAUGUUUUUAUGAUGUGACGAUUGAUGGAGACUGGCCAGUUAACAUAAACGAAACAACAUUAAAAAUCAUUCCUGUCGAGGAAACAAUUGCCGUGCUUAUAACGGAAAAGCCUUUAAGUAUAACUGAAACCGUAUCGAAGCACAUCAUAAUACCAUGUAGGGAAAAAGUUAUAACAUUUGACAGAAACUUUAGGGUAUGCAAUGUUCAUGAGAACAAAGGUUCAAGUUUCGGGGGCAGUUGUGGAGAUCAUUAUGGUAAUAUAUUCAUAGUUGAUACUAAUUUGAACAAAAUUUGCGUGUUAAAUUCAUACGGUGAAUUUUUACAUGAUGUGUCAAUACAAGGAAUAUCGUCCCCAAUUUACAUUACAAGAGAUUCUAUGGGAAAUAUUUGGUUGACUGACAGUGGAAACAAGGUGCACAUAUACUCUUAUCUUUGAUUUUCAGUUAUAACACAAUGAAUUAUCAAACUGCGAACACAUAGAUAGAAAAGAGGUUUAUUUACUGUCUCCUUUUUACGAGUUUUUAUUCCCAAAAACAUAUAUAAACUCAACUUCUCACAGUCAAAUUAAAACUACAGUUUCAUACAUAAACUGUUAUUGGAAUUGAGCUCAGGACGCUACAAUUUGUUUAAUAUUUACAUAUUUAGCUAUUUUGAACUUGUUCAACUAAAUUUUAUAUACUUAUUUUUUAAUUUAAUUUAAACAAUUUUUAUUUUUGAAAAUAUCACAGUAAUGAAAUGCACAAAUUCUUUCAAAUCAUUAACACAAAAAUUAUCUUGGACACAUUACCUGUCAGCUAUUUAAUGUUAUCACAAAAUGCAAUCAGCAGUUUUUUUUUUAUGGUGAUUGAUUGUUAGUAAUACUUAAUGUAUCGAUCAAACCGCAGGUGGUAUAAUAAACGACAUAGAGAGCCAUCAUGGCGGGCAUAUACUUUAUUGCCACCAUUUAUCAUUGGGCCCAGUAAGGAAGAACAUAUAAGAAAGUAAGACAUAUUUCGCACAAAGUAGUUCCUACGCAUAGCUGUAACGUUCAAAAUAUGUAAGCUAUUUGGUUAAUUUGGUAUGAAAUGAAAGCUAAGAAAUAAUACAGAAUCUUUAUGAAAUUAAGGGCCUUUAUUGCAUGUUUCUCAAAUCAGAAGUACUUUUUUUUUACUUCCUGACUUCCAGGAACCAGUAAUAAAAUGAAAGGUAUACUACUGUUGCCUUUAUUAAGCUUAAGCCAGACAUAAAAUGACUGUCAUUAAAUUUGAAAAAAAAACGACAAAAAGGUUUUGAACGUAUGUAUUUGGUGAAUAACAUAGAUGCAAUGAAGGCAUGAAUUAGCGAUUUGAUCAUCUAUUUAUUGUGUGAUAUUAAAUAUAUUGACUAAUUUAUUUGCAUAUGAUUUUAUGUUAUCAGUUUGCAAAGAUUCACAAAAUGUGUUAUAUGAAUUUAAGAUAGUUCGAUUAUUCUCUUAAUAUUUAUAAAUCUAAGGUCAUAAUUUGAGCUUGUCAGGUAAGAAAUCAUUAAGUUAUAUUUUUGGUUAUCAUAUCUGUCAUAAAAUGAAUUAUAUGAUACAUCUUGAUUUUUUAAAAUAAAAAGCAUCUUAAAACGCA